AUGGCGCUGCGUGUUCGCGAGCGCCUGCGGUACCCGGAUCGUGGGCCGCCAGAGCCAAGGCCGUUCACGUUCGAGAACCCCCACGCCACAAAGGGGGGCAACGUCACAGACAGCGGCGGGUACGUAUGCUCCAACUGCGGAUGGCCCUUUGGCACCUCGGGGGGCCACGACCUGUGGUACGCGGCAGCCCUGGACCACAACGUUUCCCAAGCCGUCGCCGCGGCCCGGUCGGGCUGCGAGCUGUACCGCUGGAUCGCCGCCAAGACUGCGCGCUACAUUCCUGCCGUGGCGGAGAGGUGGGAGGCGCCCGAGGUCAUGGACGCCAUCGCAGCCCACUGCCGGUUCCAGGUCUCGGGCCUCUCCUCCAUGGGCCCCGACCAAGACGGACGAUGCGUGCUGAGCUUCCGGCAUGUCUGCCCAGGUGCCGUCUCGGAGCACCUUCGGACGAGCUCGACGGUUCUCGGCGAGCUGCCCGCCUGCGCCGCUGCCGGAGAUCCGGCGUCAGAGUACGUUCUGUCGCGGCCCUACGGGCUGGACGUCACGUCUCAACAGUCUAUGCAGUUUGCCAGGCACUGCUUCUCGGUGUGCAUGGACCGCCACGCCUGGUGCAGGACGGACCAGAUCGGACACUUGGCCCUAGAUCGGGAACCCGAGGAGGCCCUCCCCAGGGAGAUGGUGAGCUUUGGCGACGUUCCUACGCGGCUGAUUGACGUGGGCACAUCCGCCUCGCCCCGGCUGAGACUGGUCGAGACGGCCGACGACGACGGGGCUCUCAUGGGGACGUGUCCGAGGCCGGCUUCAUGGCGCUCUCCUACUGCUGGGGAGGCGACCAGCUUCCGCUAUCUGCGGGUCGACUCGCUGUGCAUUCACCAGGACGACGUCGACGGCCGCGGCAACAACCCGUACAAGGCAAGAGAGAUCACGCGCAUGGCGAGCUACUACGGGCGCGCGCGCGGCCGUCACGCUGUGCGCGGCCUUCGCGCUGUGCGCGGCCUCGUCCGAGAGGGCGGUGGACGGGUUCCUCCGGGUACGGAAAGACGCCGGCCUCGCGCUCGGCCCCGUGCAGAUGCGCCUCAGGUCCAAGCCGCCAGCCAUGCGCCCAUCGGCCGCGUCUUCCUCGUCGAGGAGCUCGACACGCCGCCGCCCGAGCCCAUCACGACGCGUGGCUGGACGCUGCAGAAGUCGCUGCUGUCGCGACGCAUCCUGAUCUUUGCGCGCCGCAAGCUGUACUGGUCGUGCCUCAACUCGUUUGGCGGCUGCGGCGGCAGCAUCACGGCGCUGACCAACCACACCAUCCCCGGCGUCCAGUCGCUCGUCGACGCCAUUUAUCCGGCCGGCUCGCUGAUCGAACAGCCGACGUGGGGGCAGUGGGCGUCAUCGUGGCCGGCUACACCCGGCGCGCGCUCGGACGCGAGGGCGACAAGCUCACAUGGCGGCCAUGAGCAGGGCGCGCGGCGAGAACCCGCGUACGCCGCCGGCCUGCUGGCGGACCAGGCGGAGCCGGGCACGUGGCUGGCGCAGCUGCUGUGGCAUCCCGUGACGCCGGAUGCCAGGAGGCCGGGCACGGCCCGGGCGCCGUCGUGGUCGUGGGCGAGCGUUAACGGGUCCGUCGCCGGUGCCGUCGUGGGAGCCGCGGCUGGCCGAGGCCGCGGUAUUCAGCUGGACGAUCUUUACGAUGCCGGUCCAUGGGGCAAGACAGAGGGCAGCGGGUACGGAUGGGCUCUGGUCUUGCUUGCCGACUGUGCCGAGGACAGGAGGAUGAUGGAGGCGGACUUGGAAAGCAAAGAAGCCAGAAGCUCAGACCCCCUCCUCGUCGCCAUGCUGCUGCUGACGACGGGGGAGCUGGUCGGCGUCCAGGGCAUUCUUGUAGGCAGGAUGCGGGUGGUACCUCAGGCGGGUGGUACCUCAGGCGGGUGGUACCUCAGGCGGGUUGUAUAGGUUGGGCGGUUUCCAGCUGAGAGCCGGGAGCCAGGCAGGAGGGCGCCCGGAGUCCAUCGUCUUCAGAUUCUUUGAGGAAGCGGAGACAAAAUUUCUUACAAUAGCGUGAGGUGAAGG